AUGCAAACAGGACUGAUUUCUACGCUCACUUUUUUCCACUGUGUAGUGACAGUAGUUGCUUUGAUUGACUCAGAUGACGUCAUCACCAAAGACGAGCAGAUCUAUGUUCUAAUCGGGGCUCAUGCCAAAUGUGAACGCAGCAUCAAGGCUCAGAAGGCUCCACUUAUUGAAGGUGAGUGUCCGCCUGAGUGGGAUGGGAUAAUCUGUUGGCCUCGGAGCAGAGCGGGGCAGCUGGUGUCAGUCCUGUGUCCUGAAUACAUCUACGACUUCAACCACCAAGGUCGGGCUUACCGCAAAUGUGAUGGUUCUGGAUACUGGGAGCAGGUUUUCAGCAUCAACCGCACUUGGGCCAACUACAGCGAGUGCACAACAUACCUGACCUCCAACCAGCGCAGUCAGGACGAGAAGGUGUUUGAACGACUUCACCUCAUGUACACAGUGGGUUACUCGAUUUCACUGGCGUCACUAUUGGUUGCUGUGUCCAUCCUCUGCUACUUCAAACGUCUCCACUGCACUCGAAAUUACAUCCACAUUCACCUCUUCACUUCUUUCAUUUGUCGAGCGGUCAGUAUUUUUGUAAAAGACGCGGUGCUUUACUCCAUAGCAGAAGAAGGCAGGUUGGACUUUGAGCUCACGGGACAAAAAUCACACAUGGCUGGGUGUAAAGUUGCAGUGACAUUUUUCUUCUAUUUUUUGGCUACUAAUCAUUAUUGGAUCCUGGUAGAGGGAUUGUACUUGCAUAGCCUCAUCUUCAUGGCAUUUCUCUCUGACAAAAACUACCUCUGGGCUCUCACCAUUAUUGGAUGGGGUGUUCCAGCUGUGUUUGUGUCCAUUUGGGUCAGCGCUCGUGCAUCGCUGGCAGACACACAAUGUUGGGACAUUAGUGCUGGAAAUCUGAAAUGGAUCUAUCAAGUCCCCAUUCUGGCAGCCAUUGUUGUGAAUUUCCUUCUUUUUGUCAAUAUAAUCCGUGUACUUGCUUCUAAAUUAUGGGAGACUAACACAGGUAAACUGGAUCCUAGACAACAGUAUAGGAAACUGCUGAAGUCCACAUUGGUGUUAAUGCCUCUAUUUGGAGUGCACUACAUGGUCUUCAUGGCUCUGCCGUACACAGAAGUGUCUGGGCUCCUGUGGCAGGUGCAGAUGCAUUAUGAGAUGUUUUUCAACUCUUCACAGGGGUUCUUUGUUGCAUUCAUCUAUUGUUUUUGUAAUGGUGAGGUACAGGCUGAGGUGAAGAAGGCCUGGCUGCGCCGUAGUCUAGCUCUGGAUCUCAAACAGAAAGCCCGGAUAACCAGCAGUGGGGGCAGCUGUUAUUAUGGGGGCAUGAUGUCCCACACCACCACUCAUAGUGUCUCCGCCACCCACCCGAGGGCUCUCUCCUUCACUGGGGGCACAAUUAGUACAGGAAGUGCUAUGACCAACAAUGACAGUGGCCAACCACCAAGUCCCACCUCCAUCUAUCCACAAAACAACCUACCUGGGUUUGUUCCAAGUGACUCAGAAAUCAACCAAUCAGAGUCCAUUUUCACCAGAAAUGUGCAACGUGAAGAGAAAACACUGCUAUCACAGGAAGAAGACCAAGAUAGUUUCUCAUCUUUGAAAGAAAUUGAGACCAUGUUGUAAAUCAUAAGUCAUGCAUUUGAGCUCUACGAGGUACU